CGCUGCGCGACGGGGGCGGGUGCCUGGAGCGCGGCGCUGGGGCCGCCCGCUGUGCUCACUCGCUCGCACUCGCUCGCACUCACUCGCGGGAGGCUUCCCCGCGCCGGCGGCGUCCCGCCCGCUCCCCGGCACCAGAAGUUCCUCUGCACGUCUAACGGCGACAUGGGCGUCCCCACGGCCCCGGAGGCCGGCUGCUGGCGCUGGGGAUCCCUGCUCUUCGCCCUCUUCCUGGCUGCGUCCCUAGGUCCGGUGGCAGCCUUCAAGGUCGCCACGCUGUAUUCCCUGUACGUCUGUCCCGAGGGGCAGAACGUCACCCUCACCUGCAGGCUCUUCGGCCCUGUGGACAAAGGGCAUGAUGUGACCUUCUACAAGACGUGGUACCGCAGCUCGAGGGGCGAGGUGCAGACCUGCUCAGAGCGCCGGCCCAUCCGCAACCUCACGUUCCAGGACCUUCACCUGCACCAUGGAGGCCACCAGGCUGCCAACACCAGCCACGACCUGGCCCAGCGCCACGGGCUGGAGUCGGCCUCCGACCACCAUGGCAACUUCUCCAUCACCAUGCGCAACCUGACCCUGCUGGACAGCGGCCUCUACUGCUGCCUUGUGGUGGAGAUCAGGCACCACCACUCGGAGCACAGGGUCCACGGUGCCAUGGAGCUGCAGGUGCAGACAGGCAAAGAUGCACCAUCCAACUGCGUGGCAUACCCAUCCUCCUCCCAGGAGAGUGAAAACAUCACAGCUGCAGCCUUGGCUACGGGUGCCUGCAUCGUAGGAAUCCUCUGCCUCCCCCUCAUCCUGCUCCUGGUCUACAAGCAAAGGCAGGCGGCCUCCAACCGUCGUGCCCAGGAGCUGGUGCGGAUGGACAGCAAUACUCAAGGGAUUGAAAACCCUGGCUUUGAGGCCUCAUCACCUGCCCAGGGGAUACUGGAGGCCAAAGUCAGGCACCCCCUGUCCUAUGUGGCCCAGCGGCAGCCUUCUGAGUCUGGGCGGCAUCUGCUUUCGGAGCCCGGCACCCCCCUGUCUCCUCCAGGCCCCGGAGACGUCUUCUUCCCAUCCCUGGACCCUGUUCCUGACUCUCCAAACUUUGAGGUCAUCUAGACCAGCCGGGGGACAGUGGGCCAUUGUGGCUGGGUUUGGGGCAGGUGCAUUUGAGCCAGCGCUGGCUCUGUGAGUGGCCUCCUUGGCCUCGGCCCUGGUUCCCUCCCUCCUGCUCUGGGUUCAGAUGCUGCGACAUUCCAGAAGCCCAGACCCUCAACCCCUCUGGAUGCUACAUGGGGACGCUGGAUGGCUAAGCCCCUGUUCCAAGGAUUUUGGGGUGCUGAGAUUCUCCCCUAGAGACCUGAACUUCACCAGUCACAGAUGUCAAAUGUCUUAGUCUUAAGAAGUCUCAGAAUGUCCAGCCCGUCAGCAGUUCUAAUUCUGAGACAUGAGCCUUGGGAUGUGGCAGCAUCAGUGGGACAAGAUGGACACUGGGCCACCCUCCCAGGCAUGAGACACAGGGCACUGUGGAGAUACUUCUCCCCCAUGGCCGCCUGGGCUCCCCCAUCUCGCCUGAGGCUGCUCUUCUGUCAGACUUCCUCUUUGUACCACAGUGGCUCUGGGGCCAGGCCUGCCUGCCCACUGGCCAUCGCCACCUUCCCCAGCUGCUUCCUACCAGCAGUUUCUCUGACGAUCUGUCAACAGGUUAAGUCAAUCUGGGGCUUCCAGUGCCUGCAUUCCAGUCCCCAGAACUUGGUGGUCCCGAAACGGGAAGUACGUAUUGGGGCCUAGUGGCCACUGUGAGCAAAUGGUGUCUUGGGCAAUCUGAGGCCAGGCCAGAUGUUGCACCACCCACUGAGAUAGUGGUGAGGGAGGUGGGUGGGGCCUGGGAAGGUAAGUGGGGCCCCCCACCCUCCCCAUCCUCUACUUCCGCUGCUCAGCCUGGGCCAUUGCAAGGGUGCCACACAAUGUCUUGUCCACUCUGGGCCACUUCUGAGUGUGAAGCAGGAUGCUAUUAAAAAACUAUGUGGGGAAACAGGUGCAAACUCUG